CAGGUGGCACAGGUGGCACAGGGUAUGGACUCUUAACUGAAUGCACAUGGCACAUGCACCACGUCCAGUCCCCACAUCCUAGGAACCGCGCACCUAUUAGAUACUGUAUGGUCAAAUGCACCUAUUUCUUAGUAGGUAACCUACCUAACUUUGCGGAUCUAUCCGUGACCUAUUAACCUACGUACUUGCCUACCUAAGAUCUCUAUUCGAGCAACCUGGGCAAUGCCACCGAAGCAAUUUACAACGAGUGCCCGUGGUGGACGGAGCGCGUCUUCCGCCGCAGGUAGAUCUUCAAAAACCUCCAAACCGACAUCCAAGGCCUCGACUUCCGCCUCGACAGCGCGCCACUCCUCAUCGCGUUCGGCGCAGGUGAUCCACCCCGAUAAUAGCGACGUGGAGGAAGAGCCGAGACGUGGGCAUGGGCGUGAUGAUGCAAUGGAUGUAGAUGGGGAGGACGAGGAGGAGGACGAGGAAGAAGAGGACGAGGAAGCGGCGCGGAAGACGAUUCCGCCAGAGCUGCUGACGCGGAUUUUGCACCAGUCGUUCGAGAAGGACGGCACGAGGGUGUCCAAGGAUGCGAAUGCGGCGAUUGCGAAGUAUAUGGAUAUUUUUGUGCGCGAGGCGAUCGCGAGGACGGUCGUGGAGAAGGAGAGGGGGUUCUUAGAGGUCGAGGACCUCGAGAAAGUCGCGCCGCAGCUACUACUUGACCUGUGAAAGGGAGCGACAUGACGAACGGAAACUCGGCAUAUCGAAUGGAUAGUAUAAGUCCAAUCGGGUUCUAUUCGAAAGCCAGUAGCCAUGACGCGUAAACAUGUGUUUUGAGAAUGGCAUCAUGAUCUCUAACGAAAACGGCCAAAACAACGGGCAAUCGACCGCUAGCGAUGCCGACACGAGUUGCAUGAAACUUUUCACCCCUAGAUCGAUCUAAAGAAUUUGACGGCUCAGAGUCUUGGCAACAGGAAACCAAGAUGCUUAUGCAGAUAGAACCAAACAUAUCGUUCUUCUAGAGCUUAGAGCAGUGGAUUAGAAGCAAACCAGCCAGUUCCGUCCCUCGGAGAGAGACCCUUGGGUCGGGAAAGGCACCUAGGGUUUCUAGAAUCCUUUGGUGUUUAGGGACAUGCUCUAAAACUGCAAUGCCCUUUGGUAUGAUACAGGUACGCGUGGAAGGUUUCGGCGAGGGUCCGAUUUGGGGAGAGCUACCUACCUACCUACCUACCUACCUACCUACCUACCU